AUGGGAACUUUAUCUUGGCCGACAGCUACUUUUAUAACUGUUGUUGCUACUGUGUACUUGGAAGCAAAAACCACACAGCCAACAAAGUAUACUAAGAAAGCAUAUCAUAUGGACAUGGCUCAUGGUUUUGAUGUAUCUGUGGCUCCCCCAACAGAGGAGACCGUUUUCACUGAUGUACCAGAAACCGGUGACACCACCAGUGAGGUAGCAACCUUAAACUCAGAAUUUAGGACCUCGACUACUAUGUAUCCAUUUGAUAAUUUUACCCUAGAAUCAGCAGAUUUCUUUUUUAACUGCUGUGACUGUUGCACACCUAUGGCCGGGCCAAAAGGGGAUCAGGGAGCAACAGGAUUCCCAGGUAUUAAAGGAGAUACUGGAGACAUGGGAUUACCAGGUCCUCAUGGACCUAUUGGCCUACCAGGCAUUAAAGGUCAUAAGGGUGACAAAGGUGAGAAAGGAGAACAUGGAGAGCAAGGAUCUAGCGGGACACCAGGAUUACAAGGGAGGCCAGGAGAAACAGGAGACAUUGGACCAAAAGGAGAACGAGGAGAUCCUGGACUUUCUGGAAUAAAAGGACAAAAAGGUGUCAAAGGAGAUACAUGUGAAAAUGGGACAAAAGGAGAUAGAGGUGAAAGGGGGGAGCAGGGCUUCACAGGUCUGGAUGGAGAAAAAGGAGACAAGGGGGAGAAGGAGAUAUAGGGAGACAAAGGAAAUGCUGGUGAUAUUGGAGAGAAAGGGGACAGAGGAGAAAAUGGAGAAAGAGGGUUGAAAGGGGAUAAGGGUAUUAAAGGGGAUGCUGGAUUAAAUGGAUUAAAUGGCUUUGAAGGUGAACGUGGAGAAAAGGGAGAACCUGGAAUGAAAGGUGAUAAAGGUGACGUUGGAGAGAUGGGCUUAAUGGGUCAACCAGGGCCAAAAGGGAAUUAUGGCAGCAAAGGUAUUCGAGGAACUCCAGGAAAAAAGGGAGCUAAAGGUCUAAAGGGAUCGAAAGGGGAGUACCCAAAGCCUGUAAGAUCUGCUUUCACUGUUGGCCUGUCAAAGCCUUUCCCACAACCCAACUCACCUAUUAAAUUUGAUAGAAUUCUCUACAAUGAACAGGAAGAUUACAAUCCUACUACAGGAAAAUUUAAUUGUACGACACCUGGUACCUACGUAUUUGCAUAUCACCUGACAGUCAGAGGCCGUCCAGCACGAAUCAGCCUUUUUGCCCACAAUAAAAAGAUAUUCAAAAGUCGUGAAACCUUGUAUGGUCAAGAAAUAGAUCAGGCAUCUGCUAUGUUGUUACUGAGAUUAAAUGCUGGAGAUCAGGUUUGGCUUGAGGUAGCAAGGGACUGGAAUGGUCUCUAUGUAAGUAAUGAUGAUGACUGUAUAUUCACAGGAUUUCUUCUAUAUCCGGAGGAUACUACUGAAGUACCACUACUGCAACAAAGGAAGGUAGCAGAUUGGGUUACAAUGUAACAUUAAAGCCAAAAUGAAUAAGUAAAAAACAAAAUAAUAAAUAUAUACAUUCAUAUAAUUUCAUUAACAUUUAUGGCUAA